GUAUAAACGUGGUCAUUCAUUGACAUUUCGUGAUUCAUUCAAGAAAGCAGACCACCAAAUCGCGUGAAAAAAAUACAUCUUUGCGUAAUUAUUUAAUUAAAUAAAUUGUUUAGAAAUGGAUAAUCCAUACGCACCCCUCAGUGAAGCCUGUGCCAAAACAUUGAGUGAUAAAACCUACGACAAGAGAAAAUUAGCUUCCCAGGAAGUUGAGAAAAUGGUGGCAGAAUUCAACAAUGCCAAGAGCACGAAGCAAAUUCAGAAGAUCCUGAAGGUUCUGGAACGAGAAUUUGUGACUUCCCGUGAUUUGAACAAGAAAAAGGGCGGAUUGAUAGCACUAGCCGGAGCCAGUAUUGGUCUUGGCAAAGAUACAGAAUUGUUCAUCAAUGAACUCGUAAAUCCAAUCUUAAAUUGCUUAUCGGACGCUGACACGAAAGUCAGAUACGCUGCCACCGAAUCCCUCUACAACGUAGUCAAAGUUGCCCGAAGUAGCAUUGUUCCUCUCUUUCCGGACAUUUUCUCAGCCCUCAGUCGCCUUGUCACUGAUCCCGAUCAAAAUGUCAAGAACGGAAGUGAAUUACUGGACAGACUGCUGAAGGAUAUUGUGACAGAAUCAUCACAAACAUUUGCUCUGGACUCUUUCAUUCCUUUGCUGCGUGAACGAAUCUACGCCAAGAAUUCCUUUGCCCGGCAAUUCAUCAUUUCCUGGAUCUCCAUCCUCAAUGCCGUUCCCGAAAUCAACAUGGUAGUUUACCUUCCGGAAAUCCUUGAUGGACUCUUCCAGAUGCUGGAAGACAACAUGGUGGAGAUUCACAGAAUGUGCGGAACACUCCUGGCACAAUUUCUCCGUAGCAUUCGCAAUGAUCCCAAUUCAGCUGACAUGCCAGCCAUGACUAACAUUCUCAUUGGUCAUGCCCAGACCAGCAAUGAGCUCAUUCAAUUCACCGCAAUCACCUGGAUCAGCGAAUUUGUUCAGCUGUCUGGACCAAGGAUGAUGAAGUUUGCCAGUGGAAUAUUCACUGCAAUCCUCCCCUGUUUGGCUUACGAAGGAGAUUCCCGGAAACAGAUCAGAGAAUGUGCUCAGUUGGUCAACAGAGACCUCCUGGAGUUAGUGUCGUCCAAGGAGGACAAACUAAAUAACCUCAAAAACCUCGAUUUGGAUUCUGUGAUGGAAGUAUUGAGACAGUAUUUAGGACAUAGUUCUGUACAUACCAAAGUAGCUGUCCUUAAAUGGAUCCAUCAUCUCUUCACGGAAAUCCACGAAGAGAUGUCCAUUCACUCCGUCAGCCUCUUUCCCGUCCUCCUGGGCGUCCUAUCAGACAGUUCCGAUGACGUUGUCCUGCAGGGCUUGGUAGUCCUCGCGGAAAUCAUCAAUUCCACGAGCGCAGAUGACGGAUACAAACAGACACAGUACAGAAAAUUCCUCGUGAGCUUACUGAAUCUGUUCAGUGAGGAAAAGUCCUUUCUGGAAAACAAAGGAUCCCUCAUAAUCCGUCAAUUGUGUGUCCUCCUGAAUGCCGAACUGAUUUAUCGCACCUUUGCCGAAAUCAUUUGCGAAGAAACCACAAAUAUUAAAUUUGCCUCAACAAUGGUUCGUACACUCAACACAAUCCUCUUAACGGCAUCGGAACUCUUUGAUCUCCGGAAUUCCCUCAAGGAUAUUCGCAACAAAAAAUCAGCCACAUUGUUCGAGUGCCUCUACAAAUGUUGGGCACAUUGUCCUGUGUCUACACUAUCGCUCUGCCUCCUGGCACAAUGCUAUCAACAUGUAUCAGCUUUAGUCGUCAUUUUCGGAAAUCUGGAAGUAACUGUGGAAUUUCUCACGGAAAUCGACAAACUCGUCCAAUUGAUUGAAUCUCCAAUAUUUGCUUCUCUGCGCCUCACGUUGAUAUCCCAGGAGAAAAAAUGUCCAGAUGCUCAUUACCUGGCACAAGCCCUCUUUGGCAUCCUCAUGCUCCUUCCGCAAACAGAUGCAUUCCUGCUCCUGAAGAAUCGUCUGCAGUGCGUCCCCAUGUACUGGGGACACAAUACAGAAGUUGACACUUCGCUGUCAGUAGAAAACCAAAGUAGCAUAGAUUUCAAUGCUCUCCUCGAGCACUUCCAGAAAGUCCAGGAAUUCCAUCAUCAGCAACGGAUGAUCCAAAGGCGAAAGAGCAUUUUGUUGUGGGAGUGA